AUGUCCGCUUCAUCUCAAGGAACAACUCGCCCUUUCAAAGGGUCCAAAAGCAACUCUUCACAGAAUCCUCUCAUGGAAGUCAAGAUUGACCAGCAUUUCAAAGCCAAGGUCUACACCUCUGGAUCUACUAUUGCUGGCCAUGUUGCUGUUCGCGUCCUGAAAGACACUUCCUUCGAUCAUCUGGACAUUGUUUUUGUUGGCAUUUCUGCCACACGACUCGACUUUGUUCAGCAGUAUCCUUCUCACUCUUUCAGGCCAUUCUUGAAGAUUCGCAUGCCGAUUCAAGAGUCCGACAUGCCGCAAGAUCAGGUCUUUCGAGCCGCAACCGAGUACAAGAUACCGUUCCAUUUUGUUGUGCCUCACCAGCUUACCAUUGGAGCUUGCAACCACACCUGCUUGUCACCAGAGGUACGGGAGCGACAUUUACGUCUUCCUCCCAGCCUGGGAGCUUGGGAUGCCGAUGACCAAGCCCCAGACAUGACCCAAAUUGAAUAUGCCAUCAACGCAAAGGCUAUAAAACGUGUUAAUGGAGCUGCCGUAAAGGCCUUGGAAGCGCACCAUGUUCUCAAAGUGCUCCCUUCACUCCCUGAAGAUGCACCCCUUGACAUCACUUUCCGAGAUGAGUGGUAUAAGCUAUCUAAGACCAAGACGAUUCGAAAGAGCUUGUUCUCGAGCAAAACAGGCCAGUUCACCGCUAGUGCCAUUCAGCCCAACGCUGUCAUGCUUUCUGCAGACGGACAUAAGUCCUCGAUGACAAGUGUCCGUGUUAAUUUGGAAUAUGCCCCGUCUUCGGCUGAGACGGCACCUCCCAAGGUCAACUCCGUCACAGGAAAAGUCGUAUCUACCACCUUUUUUAGCGCCGUGCCGAUCGACCAUCUGCCGAAUCUAGGUAGCCGGACAAACUGCGAGAGCACUCCGUGCCUGAAUUAUACGACAACCCACUCGCUAUUCACUCUUCCCGUGGAUUCCAUGUCGUGGAUGCAGAAAGAUGCGUCAUCGCACUCCCGAAGAGACUCGGGCUAUUCGAGCACUGUUAUUGGAGGAGAUGCCUCCGAAACGGAUAACUCAGCCGCCGAGGGAAGAGAACGACAGAAUAGCAGAGGCAAAAGCUCUAAGAGGCCCAAGCUUUCGACUAUCAAGCAUACCACCGAUCUUGAGAUCCCAUUCACUAUAUCCAACUCGAACAAGAAGCUUUUCUUACCAACCUUUCACUCAUGCUUGAUUUCUCGAACCUACACCCUGCAACUGAGCUUGUCAGUCGGUCCCACGAAUACUGCCAUUGCGCUUUCGGUGCCUGUGCAAGUUGGCGUCGAAACGGUCUAUGAGCCGCAGGAUCACGAGCUUCCCACUUUUGAAAGCGCUGUGGCAGAAGAGGAGGCAGACUCGUAUUUCCAGCCUCGCGUCAUUCGCGUCCCUGAGUCGGCGCUGCAGAAUGACAACCGACUACCAGGAUACAGCGAACUGAGCCGAAGGACCGUUAGCGUUGCUUAA